AACCCUGAUCGUCGCAGGUCUGAACCCGUAACGUCAACGUCCGACGAUCCGAGGCGACAAAACUUCUACGAGGUCUCAACACUGGAUGGAGACGUUAAAGAGAAGCUACACGUAGUCUCCGAGCAGCCAGAGAAGGUCCACGCCGUUCCCAUCCACCAGCGUCCCGACCUGCUCGUUCCCUGCGCAGACCUCGUCAACUGUGAGUGGCGGAGGAGCCAGGCCGCCCGGGUUCACUCUCUCCAAAAAUCCUGCUCAGAGUUUCCUGUCAACCUGGUCCUCCUGCAGGGCCGCGGGGAGACUGAGAGGCUACUCGGCCACGCCAGGCUGUCUCGGGUCGUGGGUCACAGCGGCAGCCUUUUUGUCGAGUCAGUAGUUGUGUCCGAGGCGGAGCGAGGCAAGGGCUACGGCCGCACUCUGAUGGAGAAGACCGAACGUUACGCCAGAAGUCGAGGGUUCAAGCGUCUCUGUCUGACCACCCACGAUAAGCAGCACUUCUACGCCCACCUUGGCUAUGUGCUGUCGACACCAGUGCAGAACGCGGGGGCCAUGACGGCAUUCAUUCCCAUGGAGACGCUUCUGAGGUUCUCCCGAAUGCCGAGUGAGGAAACGAGCGUGCAGACGCAAACAAAGAUGCACGCUCAAGGGGACAGAGACUCAGGAGGUGGUUGUGCUGUACGGUCGCCUCCAUCCUUUAGUUUACCUACUCCUCCUCCACCACCUCCUCCUCCUCCCACUAUCCCUUGUCCUCCCCCUCCUCCUCAGUGUGCAGGGCAGUGUGUAGUUCAGACUCUGACUGAAACUCCGUACAGAGAUGCCAAAGGACUUCCCAUCUACUGGAUGCACAAGGACAUUUGA